AUGGAGAACGAUCUAGAUAGCCGUGGGAGCACUCUGGAGCAUGAAUGCGUCAUUGAUGACAUGUGGUUCAUCAGGUUAUUAAUGAGCCGAGAGGGGGCUGGUGAUGCCUACGAUGAUGCCUCGGUGGUGGCAUACGUCGACGACGUCGAGUUGACGGAGCGCCCGGUGACGAAUUCCCUGGGGAUGAGGUCACCGAACUCAGGUAAUGCCCGAUCUUUGGCUCUUUUGGAGACAGAUAAUGCGUUCAACCCACCGCCCACGUACGGUCCAGAGGUGGACGACCUGGAGCCGGCGGGGAAGAGGGGUCUGGGUGAUGACGACAGGGGGAUUGAUGACGGACUCUUGCCCGGGAGGCCGUUCACCCCGAGACCCUCCAACGGCGUCCCCCCUCAGAGCCCGUUCGACGUCAAUGUCUAUCAGCAGAAGAAGACACUGGCCCAGGGCAUGAUGGACCUGGCCCUCAUAUCAGCUAACGCCAAUCAACUGAGAUACGUCCUCGGGUCGAAGAGUCAUCCGUUUUAUCUGGCCUCUCUCGUCAUGAUUUGCAUGAGUCUCGCGCUGCAGAUCGCGGUGGGGAUCGGACUCAUUUGGAAUAGCAGAUAUGACGUCAAGGAGGAUGAUCAGGUCAUCAGGGCGAAUAGGGCCAACAACUGGACCGUCAUCGGGGUUUUUCUCGUUACUAUUCUCAAUGUUUUUAUAUCGUCGUUCGGGGUCAUUGAUCCGCCCGAUGUUAUCACCAUUCCCCUGAAGAACGCCAGUGAUGGUGACGGGGGAAUCGAACCGCUCAAUCGAAUAGGGUAUUUAAACGGAUCGAUUUCAUGAGUCGAAAUG